CUUGGUACUUUUCCACAUGACUUACAGUGAGCAGUGAGACCUGGUGAACAGGCAGGUGUUCAGAGGAGACCAUGCUAGGUGAGGCUGGGGGACAGUACACCCUCGGCCCCAUAUUCCUGGCUCCAGAUGGACUGGCUUCUCAGCCCAAGUCCCCACCUUUAAAAUUGGGCUCAUUGUGCCUAGAACCAGACUGCAGCCUUCCCAUCAGUUUGGGGCCACAGUUGCAUGCAUAUAUCCCCAUCAAACUCCUUCAGUCUCAAAGGUCAUUGCUCCUAGAGCCAACUUGGGAAACUACACUGGUAACCCAGUUGAUGGCCCAAGGCCCCUCUCACACCCCAACUUUUCCAGGGUCCCACCUACCCCCAAGGAUAGCACCUUUCUGGGAGCCAGCAUGGGGAGCACAGGUCCAUGGCUUCUGAGUGGACUUAAUGUUUUGCCCUAUCCCCCAGUUCUCUAGAAAGUUGUCUGAGAAAAGCCACAAUUCUAGCUGAUCCAGGCAGGUACGAGCAAGGGCUGUACAAAGCUGUGCCUCAGUUUCCUUGUGGUUAGUGGCUCCUCUGAGACCACUUCUGCCCAUGGCCCCAUCAAGUCAUGACCUGAGCCCCAGGGCAGGGGAACACAGCUUGAGGUCUAGAGACAAAAGGACUUUUGGUUAAGGACCUGGGCUAAGGUCAAGUGGUGCCCUAGACUUUGUCCAGGGGGUACAAAAAGGACCUCUGCUUUGUGCUGUCUCCAGGAGGUCUUAUGCCAGUUCCUACAGAGUAAGGACAAGGGAACAUGUCUGUCCAGAGCCUGUUCUUCCCCUUGUAGGCCAUGCUCAGGUAACUGGAUCCUGGACUUUGCCACCCAAGCAAAGUUCCUAGGCCCAUUCCAUGCAUCAGCCUCUUGCACCCUAGAAACAAGGGGUGGCCCAUUGCCGGGUCAUCAAGAGCCAUCUGUCCACAUGCAUGGGCAGAAAGCCCAUCAUGGUGGUAGCCCUGCAGGGGUGGGAUAAGAAGCGAAGGGGACGAGUUUCCCCCACGUCUACACCCUGUUAAGAGACUGAAGACACCAGGAAUUCUAAAUUUGAACGUGAUGCCCAGAUUUUUUUAAAAGACUGUCAGUCACCCAACCUGGAAUGCAGUGAUGCAUAGCUCACUAAUCCUGUGAUGCCCAGGUCUUUAUGAAGGUGUUUUGUCAAGGCAGGAAAAUAGAACUUUUUAUUUAUCAGUUUCUUGAGCACACAUAACAUUUUAAAAGGCAGACAAAAGGUGUGGGCCUCACUUUGUGCUCCUGCACUGGCUCUUGAAUGUUAGGACUAGCCUGCCAACCUGUGUUUCAGGAGGCACAUCCUAUCCGGGCCAGACCUUGGGGAGGCUGGUCUCUUGGGACAUGGCCCCGGGGACUCCCGCGUUGCUGCUGCUGCUGCUACUGCCGCCGCUGCUGCUCUGGUUUCCGCCCUGCGCCGCCACCUGCCCAGCCGCCUGUCGCUGCUACAGCGCCACGGUGGAGUGCGGCGCCUUGAGGCUGCACGUCGUCCCGCCGGGAAUCCCGCCCGGGACGCAGACGCUGUUCCUGCAGGACAACAACAUCUCCCGCCUGGAGCCUGGCACCCUGGCUCCGCUUGCCGCUCUUCGUCGUCUCUACCUGCACAACAACAGCCUGCGCGCCCUGGAGACCGGCGCUUUCCGUGCGCAGCCGCGCCUGCUCGAGCUGGCACUCACCGGAAACCGGCUACGCGGCUUGCAUGGCGGCGCCUUCGCGGGCCUGACCCAGCUGCGCAUACUCUACCUGGCCGGCAACCAGCUGGUGCAACUACUGGAUUUCACCUUCUCACACCUGCCGCGACUGCAGGAGCUGCACCUGCAAGAAAACAACAUUGAGCUGCUGGAGGACCAGGCUCUGGCUGGGCUGUCCUCUCUGGCACUGCUGGACCUCAGCAGGAACCAGCUAGGCACCAUCAGCCAAGAGGCCUUGCAGCCCCUGGCCAGCCUGCAAGUCCUGCGCCUCACAGAGAACCCAUGGCGCUGUGACUGUGCCCUGCACUGGCUGGGCACGUGGAUCAAGCAGGGUGGCCAGAGGUUGCUCAGCUCCAGGGACAAGAAGAUCAUGUGUGCAGAGCCCCCCCGCCUGGCACUUCAGAGUCUCCUGGACAUAUCCCGCAGUAGCCUCAUCUGCAUUCCGCCUUCUGUACACGUGCAGCCGCUGGAGGUCACAGCCAACCUGGGUGAGGACCUGAGGGUUGCCUGUCAGGCCUCCGGUUACCCGCAGCCCCUGGUGACCUGGAGAAAGGUGUCCCAGCCUCGCGAGGGCUGGCCACAGGACCAGGCCCGGCUAGAAGGCGGUGCACCCGGCAUGGGCGGGCAAGCAGCCUCCGACAUGGGCAGCGGCAUGCUCUUCCUCACCAACAUCACGCUGGCGCACGCGGGCAAGUACGAGUGCGAGGCCUCCAACGCCGGCGGCGCCGCCCGCGUGCCCUUCCGCCUCCUAGUCAAUGCGUCCCGGCAGCAGCCACAGCAGCCGGCGCCCCCGCCGGCCCCCGCCGCCCGCGAGCCCAGGCACGAGGCGGGUAGCAUGGCCUUCCGCGCCCUGGGCUUGGCCACGCAGACAGCCGUCGCGGCGGCCAUCACGCUGCUGGCGCUCACGGCGCUGCUGCUAGCCGCCAUGAUCUGUCGCCGGCGCCGAAGGCGGAAAAAGGCGCGGGGGCCUCCGGCUGAGGGCGCGCUCUUCGUCAACGACUACUCGGACGGGCCCUGCACCUUCGCGCAGCUCGAGGAGCUCCGCGACGAGCGCGGCCACGAGAUGUUCGUCAUCGACCGCUCCAAGCCGCUCUUCGCUGAGGGGCCGGCGGAGGCGACUGCGGAUCGGAGCCUAGGAGAGGGGGCGGUGCCCGGGCUCCGCGUCCCGCCGCCUGUCGCCUACGACCUCCGCGGCUGAGGCCGGGCGCGCGCCGAUGACGCGGGCGCCGGGGAUUGGCCGGCACGGCUCGCGCAUACUCCGUCAGUAAACGUGGAAGCCGCGCACUGUGCGCUGAA